AUUAAGACACAACAGCCUAUAUAUGUCUAUCUAUAAUCUAACGCCCUAUAAUCCCAGAAGACUCUGUCUCUGUUUCUCUCUCUCUCUCUCUCUAACUUUUCCUCAGUGUACGGAAAACCUAAACAGAGUAUAGGCUUACGAAGAUAGCUUUCUGUUUACUGAAAAAAGAAGAAAUUCAAAGUCCAACCCUCUUUAAUAUAGGUCUGAAUUAAAAAGAUCCCUUACACAUUAUUAUUAAUUUUCUCUUCUGAUUCUUCUGGCCAUCAUCAGUAAAACGUCUUGAAUGAGAGAAAACAACAUCACACAAGAAAAAACAGAGCAACUUCCUCCUCCCUUCAUCAUUAUAAGUACCUCUUCUUCUUCUUGAUUUAGAUGUAUGAAGAAGAAAUGUGGAACGCAGAUAGUAUUAAUAAUCUCAUGAUCUCAGAAAGUUGUUGUUAUUCGAAUAGUAGUACUAAGAGUUCAAUGAGGAGUAGUACCAGUGACAGUAGCAGCCAUUGCACGAGCUUCAGCCGCCUCUCCUUUGAGCUUCACACCACUUCUUCUUCCCCUGAAAAUUACCAUAAUCACACUCUGAAGCCUCACCGUUCUUCUGACUCGGCGUCUUUCCAAGCCCUCCGUUGCGCCGCCGUUGGCGGCCGCCGGCCGUUGAGUUUCCGGGAUUUCAGCCUGAUUCGGCAAAUUGGGAGCGGAGAUAUAAGCAGAGUCUAUCUUUGCCGGAUGAGACGGCGAGGCAGGGGAGCUGAUGAGGAGGAUGAUGAUAAUGGGGGUGUUUAUUAUGCAAUGAAAGUUGUGGAUAGGGAGAUUUUGGCGAAGAAGAAGAAGAUUGAAAGAGCUGAAACGGAGAGGAAAAUCAUCAAAAUGCUGGACCAUCCAUUUUUGCCCACUCUGUGUGCUGAAUUUGAAGCAUCCCAUUUCUCUUGUCUGGUCAUGGAAUAUUGUUCCGGUGGGGACUUGCACUCUUUGAGACACAAGCAGCCUCGCAAACGCUUCUCCAUCACCUCCUCAAGAUUUUAUGCAGCUGAAGUCUUGGUGGCACUAGAAUACCUACACAUGCUGGGAAUAAUAUACAGGGACUUAAAGCCGGAAAAUGUGCUGGUGAAAUCCGACGGCCACAUCAUGUUGACGGAUUUCGAUCUCUCCCUUUGCUCAGAUGCCACCCCAGCCGUCGAGUCGCCGGAAUCCGUCUCCGACCCGCCGUCUUCGCCGACGAUUACCGGGAGUUCCCGUACGCCGAUGCCGUUUUCGUGCAUCUUCUCCGGCUGGUUAUUCCGGUCAAGGAAAGUCCAGACGACGACGGCGAACCGGAUGUUUGUGGCGGAGCCGGUGGCCGCGCGAUCCUGUUCCUUCGUGGGGACCCACGAGUACGUGGCGCCUGAGGUGGCGUCCGGUAGGUCCCACGGGAACGCCGUGGACUGGUGGGCCCUGGGGAUUUUCAUUUACGAGAUGAUCUACGGGCGCACCCCAUUCGCCGGACCAGCGAACGAAGCUACCCUGCGGAACAUCGUGAAGAAGCCGUUGGCGUUCCCCACCGACGCUCCGAACAGCGUGGGUGAGUUCCACGCGCGGAGCCUGAUCGCCGGAUUGCUGAACAAGGACCCGGAGCGGCGGUUGGGGUCCAAACGCGGGGCGGCUGACAUCAAGACCCACCCGUUUUUCAAGGGGUUGAAUUUCGCGCUGAUCAGGUCGAUGACGCCACCGGGGAUGAAGACAAAAACGACGACGUUGUUCGGUGAUGACCGGUGGCAGUUUACGGCGCCGUUUGACUUCUUCUGACUGUCAGCGGCGGUCCCCCCAGCGUACAAGAUUUUUGCUUAACCCGACAGAAUUUUACUGAACAAGACAUAUUAGGAGUAAUUAAUUAGUAGUAUCAGUGUUAUUUAGUAGAAGUAGUAAUUAAAUUAAGCAUUUUGAUUCAACUAAUAAUGGAGUAGGCAGAAUUUUGUGAAUAUAGGGAAUGAUGAUGAUGUUGAUUAAUCAUAGGAACCCCUGACGGUACAACAGUUGGCUUCAAUGCCACCUAAUAAUUUGAUCAAUAAUUUUAUAAUGUUAGCUUUUUGUUAUGUGGCAUCAAUCAAAUAUAUCACACGUCUUGUCUUAGUGACUCCC